AUGUUUCAAAGGCCAUUGCCUACCAAAUCAAAUAGACCAUGUUCAGUGUGUAGCAAGAGAAAAGUAAAGUGUGAUAGACUUGUACCGUGCGGGCAUUGUCGAAAGAGAGGUACCGAAAGUGAAUGUGUUCAAUCAGCUAUUUCUGCUAAUAAAGGUAAUCAUGAAUCAGAGAAGGGAUAUUUGAGUGGAUUGCUGCGUUUCUGGCAAAGCUAUGAAUAUUGGAUUCCUAAUAUUGGAUUGUUCAAGUCACAGAAGCUGAAGUAUGAAAAUAAUGAAGUUUUAGAUUAUCUAAACGUGGAGGCACAGUUUUGGGAGAGCAGCAUAACGGAAACUGGGUCUUACAAACUCCUGAACUAUACUAUUGAAAACUUAGGUACGUUAUAUUUUGGAUGUAUUGGUGACGUGACUGAACUAUACAAAAUUCUGGAGCAAUAUUGGGAUAUAAAGGAAGAUCAAUCUUCCAAACUCCCGUUCUCAGAUUCUGAUAAAUGUUAUUCCAGGGCUUUACUAUGGUCUAUUUUUACUAUGGGGGUGUACUACUGCCCGAAAGAACUCUUGGAUGGAAUUAUAAGCAUAGAUAAGGUUAGAGACUUUACUAAAAAGCAAACUUUAACAGAAGAACAAAUUCGUUGUAAAAUUUAUGAAGGCUUUAUCACAACUACUAUUGACUCCUUAUAUCGGUGCAAUUUCAUGGCCCAACCAGACAUACGGUUUAUACAAACCUACAUUAUACUCUCUACUACGUUAUACUCAUUCCAGUUCCCUAUCCAGGCAAACAUGAUUCUAACAAACGCUAUGUAUGUUACGAAACUUUUAAGUGCAACUGUUAUCUCCGCCUCAAAUUCAGAAGAUAUAAUAGGCAGUAUUGCAAAUGAGUCAUUGAACAGACUAUGGUAUAGGAUAUGUGCCUGUGAUUAUAUUCAAGAGGGACCGAAUAAAUCUAUUGAUUUCAAUCGUGAGUUGGGGAGUCUGUUGAAACAUGCAGCAUAUUUGGAAGAUCUCCCGAGCACAGAUGUAUAUAAAGAGGAAGAUAAUUAUGAGAUACUGUUUUGGAAGCUUUUGUCUUUGGAUAGGGAUAUAGAUCAAUAUCUAAACAAUGGGCUAAAACCACCUCCAAAGACGCUCGAUGCAGUUCAGCGUGAGGUAGACAUUUAUACUCAAAAGGUAUCAAAUUUAGAGGAAGAUCAAAAAUCAAUUAAUUCAAAAUUUGAGAAAUUUCUUGGUCACUUUAUCUUAUAUACAGUUUCAUGGAAGAUUCAAAAACUGCAAAUAAUUUUCUAUGAUAAUAAGGUGAGCUUAAACAAACUAAUACGGAUUACAAAAAAUAUCAUUAAACUAUUGGUAAAAAAUUUUGAGCAUGGACAUGAUACAUUUAAUAAGCAUCCACUUGUGAUUUACUAUCUGUCUAGAGUUGCAACGUUUACGAAUUUUUAUCAUAUAUUUGAAAACUCGGUCGAGAUUCAUGAAAUCGUUCUUGAUAUUAAUGAACUAAUUGUAAAUCUACCUCCGAUAUUUGGUAAUCAUUUGGAGAACCUAAAAUAUAUUAUUUUUAGAUUUACACUUCUUCGGAAAGAAUUUGGGAAAACCGACGUAGUAGAUACUGGAGGGGAGUUCCAGCAUCCAGUGUUUAAAGUUCUACAAAACGAUGUUGCGACUAUAUCGAAAUCCAAUAACAAACUAAACUAUUUACUGAAAGGAUUAGGUUCAUUAAUUCCAGGAAAAUCAAUAGGUGAAGGUAUAUAUGAAGAAGAUGAGGAUAGUAUGUUAGAUCCAACUAUAUUAGAGAUUGUAAGCGAAUUUGAGGAGAAAUAUCCUAUUGAUAGAGUCAUUGACUAA